UCCCUUACCCCAAGGUUAAAGCAAAGAAUUAGAAUAGAAAGCAUGUCUCCGUAACAGUGUUUAACGUUAACAGUUUUAAACAUAGUUAUGUAAUUUAAAGGACACAAAUUAAUUUAAUAACAUAAUAAUGGGGAAGGCGUGGUCUUCAGUUCGACGAUAUGCAAGAAACUUCAACGCCGAAAACCGAGCUCAAAAAGCAAUAGAAAAACGAGAAAAACAAAAAGUUGUUGCUCCUCGACAUCAAAGCACACAAAAUUUACUGAAAAAUUUUAGUGAAGAACACCCAGAAUAUCUAAAUGAACAACAGAGGAAAAAUGAGAAACUGCUACAUAACUUGAAAGACCUAAAAGUUGAUUCAUUUGGCCCACCACCUGAGAUUCGGUAUACAAGACCAUUUCCAGCAAGUAGAGAAAAUCCUACAACACCUGAAUAUGGAGUGCAAGAACCUAAAAUAAUACCUGUUGGUAAAGUUAGUAUAAAACAAGCCAUAGAAAUAAUUACCAAUCAUCGAGUGUCACCAACAGAACAUUCGUCAAAAACUAUUGCUAAACAAUACAAGUUACAGGAACCAAUAGUUGAACAAGUAUUAAGACAUUUUCAGACAUUAAAUAUGCAUAUACCCAAGGAAGUUUUUCAACAAGAUAAAACACUAUUAGGAAAGCUUAAAACUUUGCCGUUAAAGAAAAAGGUAGAAGAACUACCCAAGGAUUCUUUCUAUCCUCUCCCUAGUGGCAAGAAAAGUGAAUAGUUUUUUUUGGGGAUAGAGGUCUGAAAUAGUACCAGAUAUUUUCAACUUGUGCUGGACAUGUAUUAAUAACAUCAAAAAAACAUAACACGUGCCAGAGGUAUUGUGCCAGACAUUGUCUGUGACAGGUGACUUAUUUCUAGGCAUGUUAACUAUGUUUGUGUGAAUCAAUAUUGUAAUAAAUUAUUCAAAGCUGUUA